GCUGCAUCGCCGGAGGAGGACGCGGUCGUGGAGGCCCUCGACAGAUCUUCCUCGCUCACUCCCGAUGCGCGCGCCAUGCUCGUGGCAAUGCUGCCGCACUCAUUAGCCGUGCUCAGCAACGAACGAGACGCGCGGCAGACGAUGGUCGUCAAAAUGUUCGAGGAGACGAUUUACGGCAUCAAGGCUGGCUUGAGCAGCACCGUCGAGGAGGCUAGCAGUAAGGUGGCAGAGGCCGAAGCAGCGAAGAGCAAGUUGGCAGAACAGGUGGUCGAGUGCGAGUCGAAGUUGACGGAGCGGCACGAGGCCGUGGAGGCCGCCAAGGUGACGCUGGCGGCCAAGAAGGAGACGCGGAGCGCAUCGGAGGACCAGCUGAAGAAGGCGGACGGCGACCUCCAGGCGUUCGAGGCUGGCACCUCGGACAAGCAGCAGCUGAAGGCCAGGCUCGAGGAGGUGACCGACGGCGAGCUGAGGAAGCUCCGCGAGGGCAGCUUCGCCGACGCGAAGGAGGCGAAGACGCUCGCGGCAGCGCUGAUGAAGGUCACGGCCAAGCUGGACCUGGAGGCCUCGCUCGCCAGCGCGCUGCUCCCGACCUGCACGAAGCCACUGGCCGAGAGGAGCAGUUUCGACGGCAUGGUGCUCCAACAGGUCGCCCAGGAGCUCGCGGCCAAGGUGGCCAGCCUCGGCGAGGAGCUCGGCGCCUCCGCGGCCAGGCUCGAGGAGCACCGCGCCGCCGCGACGGCCGCGAAGGCUGCAAGCCAGGCCGCACUGGAGGACCUGGCCGCUUGCGCCGCCGCGUUCAAGGACGCGCAGGACAGCGAAGUCGAGGCGAAGAAAGCGCUCGCCGCGGCCUCCAAGGCCUCGGACAACUCCGACCCUGCCAUCGAGAAGGCGAAGAAGGCGCUGACGGCGGCCGAGGCCGCGCUGAGGGACUUCGAGGGAGGCGCGGUCCUGAGCUUCGAGGCGCUGCGGGACGCGACCGCGGCGAUGCCGGACGCGCCCGCGCCCCCAGCGGAGGCGGGGGCGCCCGCGGCGGAGGCGCCCGCGGCGGAGGCGCCCGCGGCGGAGGCCGUGGCGGAAGCGGAGGAAGCCGCCCCCGCGCCCUGA